CAAACUAUAAACUAAAGCCGUUUGUUUAGAGGUGCAAAUUAAGUUAAUGGAUCACAAACGAGUCAUUGAUGAGUUGAUCAAAGGAAAAGAGUUUGCCAAGCAACUCAGGAUUCAUCUCAACAAUUCGACAUCGUCUUCUUAUGAAGUCCAAGAAUUGUUGAUCCAUAAUAUCCUUAAUUCCUACGAAAAGUCGCUAUCUUUACUUGCCACUCAUGGAGUUCAUCUAUAUCGGAGUACUAGUCACGAGUCCUAUUUGCAUUUCGAAAAAAGAGUCAAAAAGAUGGAAUCACAAGCUCCUUCGAGUCAAAGCCCACAUAGCGAAUUUUCAGACCUUGAUCAAUUUAAAGUUCCGAGUCACCAAAUUUUUAGUUCCAAGAAGAAGAGUAGUAGUGAUGAAAGCAUGCAAAAGUUGAAAAAUAUUCAAGUGAAAGUGAAUGGAGAUAAGGGGUUUCAAGAAGCACUUGAUGAUGGUUAUAGCUGGUCUAAGUAUGGCCAAAAAGACAUUCUUGGUGCCAAACACCCCAGAGGUUAUUAUAGAUGUACUAGUCGACAAACACAAGGUUGUCUUGCAACUAAACAAAUUCAAAGAGUUGAUGAUGCUACCAUUAUCUAUGACAUUACUUACCAUGGAAAUCAUACUUGUAAGCCUUCAUCUUCGACACCACAAUUAGAGAUCCAAAAUCAACCAUCACAACAAAAGCAAGUCCUUAAAUCCCUUGAUAUUAUAUCAACCUUCAAAACCGAAAACCUAGAGUGCCCUCUAUACAACCUCCCUUUGACAUCUACCUUUAAUCUUCCAACGUCCGCAAACACUAUUAGUCGUCCAACAACACCAAAAUCAACCUAUUACAUAAUGUCACCACACCGAGUUGGUUUGGGCCAGAAGGAUGAGAACCCGGUUGCUUUGGAAACGGAACUAAACCACAUUGUUUCAGCUCCCACAUCUUUUAAAAGUUCUCUUGAUGACGAUUCAGGCUACACAUUUGGUGAUCCAGGAUUUGGUAACGACAUCAAUUUUGACGAUCCAACAUUUUUUUGACUAAGGUAGUAUAAUUGGCAUAAAAGAUGGAAAUUGUAGUUUUUGGAGAUUGGAACUUAAUUGGUUCCAAAAUAGAGUAUCAAGUUGUGUUUUUGUUGUUAAUAGCAUUCUAUCCAUGUGAUAUAAAUUUUGUAUUUUAACUUGAGUAACAUUUUAUUAAUAGUAGCAUCAGUUAUUUC